UGGCUCAAAUGGAGGUUGAUAUUAACCCUCCUUCUUGACUCACCCUCAUUUUGAGCCGGUCUCUCCUCUGGAAAAGACGCAGUAUUUCCCUCUCUAAAGAGUCACCGCAAUACUCCGUACACAGUGAAAUCCUCGGAUGUUAUGAAGAUGAAGAUCUUGGUGUUUCUGGUGCUUGUGGGAAUAGGCCCAUAUGGCGCGGCGGCAGGGACUCACUCUCUGCAGUAUUUCUACACUGUGUCCUCUGGAGUCCCAAACUUCCCAGAGUUUGUGACUGUUGGGUUGCUGGAUGAAGUUCAGAUGGAUCACUAUGACAGUAACACCAGGAGAGCAGUACCCAAGCAGGACUGGAUGAGCAGAGUCACAGAAGAUGAUCCUCAGUACUUGGAGAGGAACACUCAGAUCUAUAUGGGUUCCCAGCAGAUCUUCAAAGUCUACAUUGACAUUUUGAAGAAGCGCUUCAACCAAACUGGAGGUAUCCACAUGGUCCAGUGGAUGGUCGGCUGUGAAUGGGAUGAUGUGACUGAUGAGGUUAAAGUGUCAUGGCAGAUUGGCUAUGAUGGAGAAGACUUCAUAUCCUUUGACCUGGAGACAGGGUCAUGGAUCGCUCCUAAACCAGAGUCUGUCAUCACCAAACACAAGUGGGACCAAGACAAAGCUUGGAUAGCACAGACCAAGAACUACCUCACCCAGGAGUGUCCUGAGUGGGUGAGGAAGUAUGUGAACUAUGGGAAGAGCUCUCUGCUGAGGACAGACCUCCCCUCAGUGUCUGUCCUCCAGAAGUCUCCCUCCUCUCCAGUCAGUUGCCACGCUACAGGUUUCUACCCGGACAGAGCCGCGAUGUUCUGGAGGAAAGAUGGACAGGAGCUUCAUGACAACGUGGACCCCGGAGAGAUGCUCCCCAACCACGACGGAUCCUUCCAGAUGAGUGUUGACCUGGACCUUUCUUCAGUCCCAGCCGAAGACUGGAAGAAGUACCAAUGUGUGUUUCAGCUCUCUGGUGUGAAGGACAUCGUCAACAUACUGGACAAAGCAAAAGUCAGGACCAACAACGGAGAUCUCAGCCACAUUUACAUCAUUGUUGCAGUGGCUGGUCUCGCUCUCGCCCUCAUCGCUGUGAUUGGAGCUGUGGUUUACAAAAAGAAAAAGGCCAAAUGCCCUCAAUCUGACAACUGCUCUGAGCUCUCUGAGAAGCUGAAUCCAGAACCAAAAUAAAAACUCAACCCCCUGCACACGGUUUAUGGAAUAAUAUUGCACUGGAUCAAGGAGCAGUGCCACCAAAUUCUCCUCCAUAAACUUCAUUGGUUACUCAUGAUCAUAUCAUCCACUGAUUUUCAUUCAUUGCAAUACAGAGAGAACGCAUGUGAAAUUGAGCUGACACAUAAAUGUUCACAAUCGAUCAUUUGAUUUAAAAAAAGAAGUGGUAUUUCCUUUGACAACUACAUUGUUGCUUGGUAAAUCAAAUCGGGAUGUCUUUUUGAAUGAUGUGAACAGAAGCAAAAUACUGUAUUCAAAACUAUUGCUCUUUGGGUUUCUGCUAAAAUCAAUAUUGGUGUACAUAAAUCCACACAAACACACAGACAUCUACAGACAUACAUUUUCAUACACUCCCAGGGUGUGGCGAUGAUGAUGCAAACCUUGAGAUGACAGAUACAUGUCAACCAUUAGAGUUUUCUUUACCAUUUAAACUGAGAAAGCUCAUUUGUUUCUCCAGUUGAGUAACGUCACUAGAGGCAGUAGGGGAAAUCAAUCAUCGACACUUUUAAUAUCAUACAUCAUGAUAAACUGUACUCCACCUCCAACCCAGUUCAUGCUGGGAUGGACUUGAUUCCGAGUGACUCAGUGAGCUCAACUUGCAAAUGAAUCCAUUGAGUUUUUGUAUCACUGAGGUGAAUUAUACAUACAGCAUGAAAUUACCCUCACAAUGAUAGGUUGUAUCAAUGUCGCCGCCCCGGUUCACACACAUCCAUAUUUUCCACUUGUGUAAAUGUGCUUGUAUACGUUCUGAUUAUUAGAUGCAUUUAAUAAUUUAUGUUUUUGAAGUAUCGACUAUGAAUCAUUAGUUGGUUAUUUUGUGUUUAUUAUCAAUAUUUAAUAGGGUUUUAAAACAGAAUUGUUUUUUUGCUUGUUAGCUGAAUAUCUUUCAAGUAUUUCUGCUAGUAUUUAGGGACAAGGUUAAUUUUAUAAACAUACCGAUUGAACUGAACGUUAGAAAUCAUUUAUUGUUUUGGGUGAAGGGGUGAAUGUCAUAUUAAGUUGAACUGCUUUGUCUUUCCUUUCUCUAUUGCUGUUUUGCGUUCCAAUAAAGUACCAAAAUUUUCCAAAA